CCUUUCUUUCCUUUUACUAAUUUGUAUCCAAACAUAGGCUAAAUCUUUCCAACACCAAGAGGGAAUGAAAGCAGGAGUAUCUCUCCCUUCUUCUCCUUCCCUUCCUCUCCAACUUUCCUUUGGACGAGUGAAUAUUGCAGUAGUAGUUGGUUGAUUUCCCUCCUCUUCCUCUUCCCAUCCUAUUAUUUCCUCCAUCUCCUCGCCACACGUAUUCUGUAUUCCUCCAGAACAAACUAAAACGGGUGUCCAACUUGUCAUGUCCACUUCAAUUCCCCAGGGCCACGGAAACUACUAUUCUUCAGAAAACCAGAAGGUUCAGGCUUCCAGCUUGUAUAUAUUAACACGUAAAGCAUCUCCCAGGGGAGGAGGGGAAGAGAUGUCACCGGUGACAAAAGCAACGAAGGCGAAAGCAGAGGUUUGUUACGGUGGCAAAACAUGCAGCGAGAAAUUCGCUCUGUUGUUGGCGGAAAUGGGGGUCCUGGGCUGGCUGCUGACGGUGCUGGACAUACUGGAGUGCGGGUACGUGAAGGACAGAGAGUUUGUUGUUUGGCUCCGACACAAGAAGAAUAGGGAAUAUUACAAGUUUGAGGACACAGUCAUCAAUUGUGCUGUUGUGAUUACGGCAUAUUUUCAGCCUAACAAGAUUAAGAAUCUGACUGGCGUGAAGACCAGAGAGUUCUUGAUUUGGAUCAAUUUGACUGAAAUUUGUGGGGAGGAAGGAGAUGAUUCUCUGGCCUGUUUGUCCAAGUCUUUUCCAUUGUCUUUGUUUGGAGGAAUCAGAGCUCAAACAUUGGUUUUCACUUUUCAGAGAGGAAGUUGAUGGAUCAAACGAGGGAAACUGGUGCAACAAAUUGAAGUUGUUGGGGCUUUCCUGGGAACGGGUGGAGAGAGGACUUGGAGGAGGAGGAGACACCCGAAGUUCUCUUUUUUUUUUUUUAUGAGGUGAAAACUCAGUUUCUUCUAAUGAUAUUCUGCUAUAAAUAGCAGAAAUAAUA